AUGCAUAACCCGGGACCACCACCUGCACCUCGGCUCGCAGGACGGACGCUCCUCGGAAGCUUUAACGCCGACGGAGCUUUUCCAGAAGGAACCCCGGCGAUCAGCACACAGCGCCCCCUGCGGUCAGGGGCGGUACUGCAUGUGAGCGCUCAGCCAGAGCUGAGAGGACUCCCCGCGCUGCUGCACGAGGGCACACAGCCAGCCCACGCUGCAGUCACGGACCAGUGUUCACAACAGCACGAGAAACACCGUGGAGUGGAAACCAUGCAUCCACGGGUGAUGCUGAUGUCAGGGGGCAGUGACACGAGCUGUAGAUAUGAAACUACCAGCAGCACAGAGAGCGUUCAGCAGCUGGAAGCUCUCGUCCUGCUAACAGCGGUGUUGCAUGACUGUUCUUCUCCUGUCUGUAGCCCAGCUCCAUCCCACGCUCCAGCUCCUGUUCAUGCACCUCCGGCCUCGCUGGCCCCAGCUCCUGCUCAGUCCCAGGGUCCAGGACUCAUGGCCCAGAUGGCUACCACAGCUGCAGGGGUGGCUGUCGGCUCAGCUGUGGGCCACGUGGUUGGCAGCGCCCUCACGGGAGCAUUCGGUGGGGGCAGCAGCAGCAGUCCAGAACCAGCCAAAGCUACAUCCCAGGAGCCCCCCCGGUCUGCCCCAGCCCAGCCCGGCCCCUGUCACUUUGAAGUCAAACAGUUUCUGGAUUGUGCCACCAACCACACAGACCUCGCUCUCUGUGAGGGCUUCAACGAGGCGCUCAAACAGUGCAAGUUCUCCCACGGUGAGUCUGGUAGAGGCGGCGUGGAGCCUCAUACUGCAGCUCAGAGCACGCCACGAAAACCUGCAGCAACCGGCAGUCACAUGAUCAGUGGGGGUGGGCAGUCAACAAACAUUCAGAACCUCUAA